AACCCACGGGUGUAAUUUUUCAUCUGCCCAUGAUAAGGGAAUUUCAGAAACGUCUUAUUAACCUUAACUUGAUAUGGCAGUCAAUGUAAAAUUGAGAAUGGUACGGAGUUGUAUCCCCAUUAUCUUGUAAUUUUGUAAAUCAAUAUUAAAUCAUUAAUAACAAUUAAAAUAUGUCUCUUUCUAUUGCAGACUGAAUCAGAGAAAUGGAUUAUGAAAAUCAAACUUUGGUGGUAGAGUUUCUUCUCAUAGGCUUGACCAAUCACUUGUACCUCCAGGUUUUUCUUUUUGUGAUAUUUCUCUUGGUCUACCUCAUCACUUUCUUGGGAAACUUGGGGAUGAUCGCCCUUAUCUGGAUGAAUUCCCGUCUCCACACCCCGAUGUACUUUUUUCUCAGUCACUUGUCCUUUGUGGAUGUCUGUUCCUCUUCUGUCAUUGGCCCCAAAAUGUUGACGGAUAUCUUUGUGGAGAAAAAAGUUAUUUCUUUUUUUGGUUGUGCUGCCCAGCUCUGGUUUUUUGGUCAAUUUGUGGUGACUGAAUGUUUCCUCCUGGCUUCCAUGGCAUAUGACCGAUACAUAGCCAUUUGUAAACCCUUGCUGUAUACACUCACUAUGUCCCAGAAGGUUUGUGUGCAGCUGGUUGUAGGACCUUACGUCUUGGGUGUUCUCAGCACCAUGACCCAUACAACCUUCACCUUUCGCUUACCCUACUGUGGCCCAAAUAUUGUCAAUCAUUUCUUUUGUGACCUUCUCCCUGUUCUCUCUCUGGCAUGUGCAGACACCCGGGUCAAUACAUUUCUGCUUUUCAUCAUGGCUGGAGCCCUAGGUGUACUCAGCGGUGUGAUCAUCUUGGUGUCCUACAUUUACAUUGUCAUCGCCAUCUUGAGGAUAUGCUCUGCAGAGGGGAGGCGCAAGGCCUUCUCCACUUGCUCUUCCCACCUGACGGCUGUCUCCAUUCUCUAUGGGACACUCUUCUUUAUCUAUGUCCGUCCCAGUUCUAGUUUUUCCCUGGAUAUCAAUAAAGUGGUUUCUGUAUUCUACACAGCGGUGAUCCCCAUGUUGAACCCAAUUAUCUACAGCCUGAGAAAUAAGGAGGUCAAAGAUUCAUUCAGAAGGACAUUCGAAAAGAAGAAGUUCCUUAUGACUAAGUGAACUGGAAAGCCAUUUUUAUCACACAUAGAGAUGUGACACAGUCUAUGGAGUUGACAUCCACUAUUUAUUAUUCUGUAUGAUUGACAGGUCACACAACAUAUUUAGGUCAUAGUUUUCUCUUUUGAUUUCCUCCUGCUACAAUUAACAGGUGUAAGACUUAGAACCUAACACUAUAAUGAACAGAUUAUUAGAACAUGAAGAUUUGGGAAAUAUUCUCAAGCUUGUGUGACUCAAGCAUGGGAGGAUUUUCUGCAUUUGAAGUAAAUGGAACAUUUUU